UAGACUUGAAGAGUGAUUCUUUAUAGAAAUGGCAGGAGCCACCACACCUCCUGAACACUUGUGACACAGGACUGAUGAAUGUGUAUCACUUUGGGGAUUCAUUGUUAGAGGAGCACAACGAUAAAAUGAGUAGGCUAGCAGCAGAUGAAGAGAAGAAGAACUUUGGCCUGAUGUUGGAUUGAACUUGGACUCAACAGGUUCCUUAUGAAGACCACGGUCAUCAAUCAAAAUGCAGUUCAACUCAUUCUAGCAUCUACUCAGUCAAAAGAAACAAAGCUGUGGCUGAAGUAGUUGCAGUGUGGAAAGUUUUAGCUGAAAAAAGUGAAGCAGCAGUGGCAAAAAGGGAAAUGGAACUAAUUGUAAUCACCGAGACGUCAACAAUGAACGUUCACUUUGACGCACGCAUCCAGUUUUAACAGCUUGUUUGUGUCUCUGUAGACAUAAAAAAAGAUCCCAACGUCAGGAACAAGUAAAUGGUAUAUUUUCAAUGACAUCCUGCAUUGCAUCGAAGGAUUAUGCUUCUUCUGUCCAUUUUGAUUGGUAAAUGAGCCAGUGUUAUGGAGAGCUUGCAAGAAACUCCGUUUAAAGAUGAAGCAGCAGCUGCAUCACAAGCCGUGUGUUUGGUGAUGAAGUGAAGUCAGUGUCAGUGAUGGAGGGAGACUCUGUCACUCUGAACAUCAAUCUUACUGAAAUACAGAAAGAUGAUCAGAUAAUGUGGAGAUUUGGACUAAACAACUUUCUCAUCGCUCAAAUCAUCAGAAAAAACAAUAUGAGCAAGUUUUAUAAUGAUAGUGCUGAUGGGAGAUUCAGAAACAGACUGAAGCUGGAUCAGACUGGAUCUCUGAUCAUCACAAACACCAGAAUCACACACUCUGGACUUUAUACAGUCACCAGCAGAAGAUCAGAGACACCGCUCAACAUCUUCAAUCUCUCUGUCUACACUCGUUUGCCUGUUCCUGUCAUCAGCAGAGACUCUUCACAUUGCUCAUCAUCAUCAUCAUCAUCAUCAUCCUCUUCAUCAUAUUGUUCAUUUCUGUGUUCAGUGGUGAAUGUGAGUCAUGUGACUCUCUCCUGGUACAAAGGAAACAGUUUAUUGUCCAGCAUCAGUGAGUCUGAUCUCUCUCUACAUCUGGAGGUGGAAUAUCAGGAUAAUAACUCCUACAGCUGUGUGAUCAACAACCCCAUCAGCAACCAGACGAGACAUCUCAACAUCACUGAACUCUGUCAGACAUGUUCAGGCCCUGUCCACUGCUGUGGUUUUACUGAAACUGUGAUCCGAUUGGCUGGCUCUGUUCUGGUGGGCGUGGCUACUGUUGCUGUGCUGGUUUAUGACAUCAGAUCCAGAAGAUCUUAUCCGGAGACGAGAGAGCAGACACCACGUGCAGAUGAAUAUGAUGAUGUUGCAUAAAUUCACCAGGGGGCGAUAAUGUUACUCUGUUCUUUAUUCUUUUUAGGAAUAUAAAUAAAGAAUAUUCCAGGUUAAAUGCAUCUAAAAAUCAGUUGACAGCUUGCAUGCUGUCAAUCAUGCAUACAGGAUAAUAAAAUCGACAGUAAUAAAAACAUGAAAACCAAUGCUUUAAUGUACACUUUUUAAGUGUUCCCCAAGUUGUCAUAUUACCAUCUGGUGGUUAUUUUAGGUAUUUUUUGAGACUUUGUGUCAGUUUUUUUUUCCACUUUCAAUGUAAAGUUUUUAUACUUUUAUACCAAGAAUAAUUUUUUCCAUUGUUUUAUUAUAACUAUAUAUGUCAAGCUGUUUUCAUGAGAAAUACAUGUUUGUCUGACAUAUUGAAUUUUUUUUCCUUUCAACUGUAAUAACCAGCAAAUUCAUUAAAGAUAUAUUGAGACUGUAUCAUUUAUUUAUUUAUCUGUUAUAUUUCAGUCUUGCUCGACCUAGAUUGCAAACUCAAGUUUUUAGUAAGGUAUGCUUAAAUCACAUUCUUUCCCCUUUAUUAGAUAUAUUCCAGCAGUUUCAAUACUUGCACCCCCCAAAA